GCGUGCGCACCCCGCGCCGUCAUCGCCACCGCGGUCCCGCCGCUCCCGCGCCGCCGCCGCGGCCGGCGGGGUGAUCUGCCUGUCGCCGCAGAAGCGCGCCACAUCAGCCGCGCCCGAUGACAGGGCGGCCCACGAUUUUGAUAGGGAAACCACCCCGUGCUUUGCGUGCGACGCCAUGCGCUGCUUGCUGGCGCGCUCCCUCGGGUCGCCGUCGCGCCGCGCGGGCACCGCGGCCGCGGCGCUGGCGCUGCCGCUGCUGCUGCAUCUGACGCUGGCGUUGUUGCUGGUGCACCCCUCGGUUGCAGAGGGUGCAGGGGCGUCGUCCUGA